AGCAGGCUCCCUGCUAAGCAGAGAGCCCGAUGUGGGGCUCGAUCCCAGGACCCUGAGAUCAUGACCUGAGUUGAAGGCAGAGGCUUAAUCCACUGAGCCACCCAGGCGUCCCAAAAGGAAUACAAUUCUAAUGCAUGCUGUGCUAUAUAUAGACGUUGGACGUGAAGUAAGCCAGAACACAGGACAAGUGUGUGAUGCCAUUCACUGGUACAGAACGGGAUAGAGAUUACCAGGGGCCAGUGGGAGGACGGGAAUGGGGCGUUCUUGUUUAAUGGGUACAGAAUUUCUGUUUCUGGUGAUGAGAAGUUCUGGAAAUGGGGUUAGUUGUACAGCAUUGUGAUAUACUGUACCACUCAAUUGUGCAUUUGAAAAUUGUUAGAAUGGUAAACUUUGAAUUUUACCAUAAUUUUACCAUAAUUUUUUUUAAGAUUUUAUUUAUUUAUCUGACAGAGAGACACACAGUGAGAGAGGGAGCACAAGCAGGGGUAGUGGGAGAGGGAGAAACAGGCUUCCCGCAGAGCAGAGAGCCCAGUGCGGGGCUCGAUCCCAGGACCUGGGCUGGAGCCAGGUCCUCGAUCCCUGAGAUCAUGACCUGAGCUGAAGGCAGACGUUUAACAACUGAGCCACCCAGGCACCCCUAUUUAACCAUAAUUGUAAAAAUACAUGGGGGGAGGCACCUGAGUGGCUCAUCAGUUGAACCUCUGACUCUUGGUUUCUACUCAGGUCAGGAUCUCGGGGUGGUGGGAUCAAGCUCCACAUCGGGUUCUGCGCUCAGUUCGGAGUCUCCUUGUCCCUCUCCUUUUCUCUCUCUCUCUCUUUCUCAAAUGAAUACGUAAAGUCUUAAAAGAGGGACGGGGUCAAAACCAGAGACAAUAAGAAGACCUGUGUUUAUGAGGGUCACAGGGACUUGUUCUGGCUGUGAAACUAUUCUGUUCCAUUGUGUGAUGCUGGGUAUGUGACACUGCAUUUGUGGAAACCCAUAGGCUUGUGCAACAGAUAGAAUGACCCCCUAACGGAAUUCUGCACUGCAGUGAAUAGUAAUAUAUCGGUAUUUCUUCAUCAGUUGCAACAAACGUACUAACACAGGAGGUCGAUAACGGGAGAAAUCGUGCGCAGAGGAGGAAAGGUCCAACUCAUCCUUGUCUGUUUUCUGUAGUUCACUCAGAAGCCAUGUAGACUUGCCUGCCCUUGGAAGACAUACUCUUAAGACUUCUAGGAAGAUAAGCUGUACUGUUGAAAGGUUUUACAGAAGAUAAUCGCGUGUGUUGUGACAGAAAGAGAAAUGGAAGUAUUCCAGGAAAUCCGUAAACCACCAUCACGCUUGGAGUGCGACCACUGCAGUUUCCGAGGCGCAGAUUAUGAAAAUGUGCAGAUCCAUAUGGGCACCGCCCAUCCAGAAUUUUGUGAUGAAAUGGAUGCUGGUGGGUUGGGUAAAAUGAUAUUUUACCAGAAAAGUGCAAAGCUGUUCCACUGCCAUAAGUGCUUCUUCACCAGCAAGAUGUACUCCAAUGUGUACUAUCACAUCACCUCUAAACAUGCAGGCCCAGAGAAGUGGAAUGAGAAACCAAAAAAUCAGCUAAACAAAGAAACAGAUCCUGGGAAAAGCCCUCCUCUUUCGGAACACCAGAAAACACCCUCUAAUUCAGAACUCCCAAAACCCAUACCUGCCCUUUCCAUAGAAACACAGAAACUUGGCCCAAUUUUAUCUCCAGAAUCCCCAAAACCUACACCUCUCACUUCCCUGGAGCCUCAGAAGCCUGGCGCUGUUGUUUCUCCUGAGCCACAGACACCUUCUCUUCCUUCUCCUGAGCCUCCAAAAUCUUCCUCUGUUUCUUCUCCUGAAGUUCCAAAAUCAGUCCCUGUUGUUUCUGAGUCUCAGAAACCAGUCCCUAUUCCUUCUCCAGAACCACAGAAACUUGCCCCUAUAUCUCCUGAGCCAGUAAAGGCCUCUCUUACUAAACCCCAGAAACACUCCCAUUUCCCAGAAACACUGGGCCCACCUUCAGGCUCAUCUCCAGAGUCACCAGUUUUGGCUGCUUCCCCUGACCCUUGGGGUCCAUCCCCGACUGCAUCUCCAGAGUCUCGGAAACCAGCCCGGACUAUCUCCCCUGAGCCAAGGAAGCCAUCCCCAUCGGAGUCUCCGGAACCUUGGAAGCCAUUCCCUGCUGUCUCUCCAGAACCCAGAAGACCAGCCCCAGCUGUGUCACCAGGUUCUUGGAAGCCAGGGCCACCUGGAUCCCCAAGGUCUUGGAAAUCCAGUCCUUCAGCAUCAUCAGGACCUUGGAAGCCAGCUAAACCUGCUCCAUCUGUGUCUCCUGGUCCUUGGAAGCCGAUUCCUUCUAUCUCACCUGGACCAUGGAAACCAACUUCCUCUGUGUCCCCUGCAUCCUGGAAGUCUUCGUCAGUCUCACCGGGCUCCUGGAAGUCUCCCCCUGGGUCUCCUGAGUCGUGGAAGUCUGGCCCUCCAGAACUCCGAAAAACAGCUCCCACCCUGUCACCUGAACAUUGGAAGGCAGUUCCCUCGGUGUCCCCUGAGCUUCGCAAAGCAGGACCGCCCUUGUCUCCUGAGCUUCGCAAACCAGGCCCACCAUUGUCCCCAGAGAUCCGCAGUCCAGCGGGAUCUCCAGAGCUCAGAAAACCUUCAGGAUCUCCAGAGCUUUGGAAGCUUUCUUCUGAUCAGCGAAAAACUUCCCCUGCUUCACUUGAUUUUCCCGAGUCCCAGAAAAGUUCCCGUGGUGGUUCCCCUGACCUCUGGAAGUCUUCCUUCUUUAUUGAACCUCGGAAACCUUCUGGACCAUCUGAGUCCCCUAAGGCAACCUCCGAUAUAUGGAAACCUGUUCUCUCUCUUGAUACCGAACCUAGAAAACCCACCCUGUUUUCUGAGCCCAGCAAAACAGCCCCUCCAGCAUCUCCUGAACCACGAAAACGUGCUCUUUUUCCCGAGCCCCGGAAACACACCCUUUUCCCUGAACUUCCCAAAUCUGCUCUCUUCUCAGAAUCUCAGAAGGGAGUGGAGCUUGGUGAUGAACUACAGACAGAUGCCAUAGAUGAUCAAAAGUGUGAUAUUUUGGUUCAGGAAGAACUACUAGCUACACCUAAGAAACUCUUAGAUUCUGACACCUUAUUUCCUUCCUCAAAGAAGCUCAAGAGGGACAACCAAGAGAACUCAGAUGCUGAGCUGAGCAGCAGUGAGUAUAUAAAAGCAGAUUUAGAUGUGCUAGACAGCAAGGGCCAAGAAUCAAGCAGUGAUCAAGAACAGGUUGAUGUAGAAUCUAUUGAUUUUAGUAAAGAGAACAAAAUGGACAUGACUAGUCCAGAGCAGUCCAAAAAUGUCUUACAAUUUACUGAAGAGAAAGAGGCUUUCAUCUCUGAGGAAGAGAUUGCAAAGUAUAUGAAGCGUGGAAAAGGAAAGUAUUACUGUAAAAUUUGUUGCUGUCGAGCUAUGAAAAAAGGUGCAGUUUUGCACCAUUUGGUUAAUAAGCAUAAUGUUCAUAGCCCUUACAAAUGUACAAUUUGUGGAAAGGCUUUCCUUUUGGAAUCUCUCCUUAAAAAUCAUGUAGCAGCCCACGGGCAGAGUUUACUUAAAUGUCCACGUUGUAAUUUUGAAUCAAAUUUCCCAAGAGGCUUUAAGAAACAUUUAACUCACUGUCAAAGCCGGCAUAAUGAGGAGGCAAAUAAAAAGCUGAUGGAAGCUCUUGAACAGCCACUGGAGGAGCAGCCGAUUUGAUUUUUACACAUGGUGUGGGUAUGUGAUCUACAGUUUUGUUUGUUGAAACUGUGUAAAGCAUAGUUAGAUAGCAUAGUUGGACCAGUAGUUGUUGAUGUGUAUGCUGUACUGUGCUUAAUUGUCUCAGUAGUACUACAGAGAAUGAACAUUUUGGGGUUUUUUUUUCAUGUCUCUGUGGCUAUCUUGUAAGUCAAUAAAUUUGUAACUUUAUUCCAAUGGAUAAAAUUUCUCUAAUUUCUUUUGAAUAUAUUUGAAUCCUAUGAAGAUGUCAGAGGCCCACUUACCAAGAGCAAGUUGUACUCAAUUUAAAACAUCUAGUCAAAGUGUAUCUUUUUGUGAAACUAACUUCAGACAGUGGAAAUUAUUAGUUGGAAUGUUUGAGAAUUAGGCAUGAAAAAUUUGAGAAAUUUUUUUCUCUUCAAUAUAUUUUCAGAUCUUAAGUUCCUUUUUGAUCAUAUAAAGUUAGUUUAUAAAUCUUGAGCAGUUCUAGGUGUUUAUUAGCUUUUAUGUCAUGGAAAAUUGGAGUCUCAGGGUUGCUGAUUUUCUGCUAAAAGAGAUGUUGAGUAAGUUUAAGAAGAUUUGUGGCUUUCUCUAGGAAACUGGGAAAGAUGAGUGUGACUUAGGUCCUGUCCUUAGUUGUUCCUUCUGAGUCUUCCAUUCUGCACCGCCGUCCCCCGUGCCACCCCACUCCCGGGUCUGUCUCUUUGCUUCCCUGUGAGCUCACACCAACAGAUGAUCCUUAACUGCCAAACCUGUCGGAACUGCACUUCCUGCUCCUGGGCCUAACACGCCUUCUAGGUGGGGUUCAGACCUAGUAAUGAGUAGGACCUGAGAGUCUUCCAGAUUCACAGUAGAAACUUUUGUAAGGAGACAUUUCUGUUUGAGAGUAUGUCGAUUGUAUGUUUUCCACAGUUGUUGCCGUAAAUACCUUGUGCCUGUUUGUGGAUCAUUUUGUUCUAAAAUAUUUUGUCAAAUGUGUAUCAACCAAAUUAAAACAAAGGCUUUCAUGUCA